UAGUGUGGAGAGGUUUUCUACAAAGAAAAAGGAGAAGACAGUAGUCGUGUUCUACUAUUCCUCCAAUCCUCCCUCCCUGCCAAUCAUCUCCUUUGUUAUUUCACAAAUAUGUUCACUACAAAUCUAACCACUUCUCAAUCUUUCAUCUCUCCUUCAACUUCUAAACCCUACUUUCUUUCUCCUCCUUCUAACAAUUCCAUUUCCAUUCAUUGUCGUGCGCUUGAUUUCUCCGCUUCUUCUUCUUCUUCUUCUUCAUCUUCUUCUCCGAAUUGGUUCCAAUUUCCCGACGUUUCUGGACCUCGAUAUAACGACGCCGUUUUAGGGGGUAGUAGUAAAAGCAGCAGCAAUGGAAGUAAUUCGGGUAAACUAGAGAAAAAAUGGUCCAGAAAUAGAGAAAGUUAUUUAACGGAUGAUUCUGACCCUCUUCCUCUUCCUAUGACUUAUCCCGAUUCUACCCCUGUUUCUCCUGAUGAAAUUGAGCGCCGUCUACGCUGUGAUCCUCAAAUUGAGGAUUGUAAGGUGGUUGUAUACGAAUGGACUGGAAAGUGUAGGAGUUGCCAAGGGACAGGUUAUGUGGAUUACUACAACAAACGAGGAAGGAUAACUUGCAAAUGCAUACCAUGUCUUGGAAUUGGAUAUGUUCGGAAGAUAACAGCUCGAGAUGACAUCGAAUUGAUGGAGGAUUAACUAUUGCAAAACCAAUUUGACCCUCUUUGAAAAUUUUACACACAUUGGUAAAUUGGGUAUACUUCUACAGUUCUACUCCGUUUGUGUUCUGUAGAUGUUGAUGCAAACUGCGUGGAAACUCUAUCAUGCAUUCAUUUUUAGGCGGCGGCUCAUAAUGCGGCAAACGACAAUUAGAAUAUUUGUUUAAUUUGUUUUUAUGUAAAUUUUUUUAAAAUUGUGUCGUAUUCAUUUUAAGUGUCUCAUUUACUUUUGAGAUACUAUUUAUCUAUUACUUUUAAAUUGUAUUUUAUUAUUAAUUUUAAGUUAAAACAUAGCCAUAUGAGAUAUUAUUUAAUUUAUUUUGA